AUGGCGGAAGAAGAAGAGAACCAAACUCCACGGGAUCUUCAUCCUCCUCCUCCGCCGUCGGAAACCUUAUCCCAUCCCGAAGAUCCACCACCGGCGACUUCUACUCCUCCGUCUCAAUUCGAUCCCAGUCGAAUGAUUGGGAUCAUCAAAAGGAAAGCUUUGAUUAAGGAUUUAGCUGCAGCUUACCACACCGAAUGUCUUGCUUAUUGUCGAGAACUUCUAGAGCUUCAAAAGAGAAAGGACGAGCCAUUUCUGGACACAAAAGCUACGAAAGAUCUGAAAAAAGAGACGUUGCGGUCUUCUUCGAAACGAGCUAAGAAUAAACGCUAA